AUGGAUUAUGCUGAAGAAAUUGACAACUGGGAGCCGUUCCUUAAACUUUUUCGCCUCAGAGAAGAAACGGUGGCCAAUUAUACUCAAGAAGUCCAAAACAGAUGCUCUAAAGCCCUCAGUGCAUCAAACAUCCGCCACCCUCCGAUAACAUCACGGAUCAAGUCCUGGGAGUCCGCAAAAGGGAGUAUAAGUCGAAGAAAUCGUGAACGUGUACGAAGGCGGAUGCGUGAUCUUAAAGAAUCGCGAGAUCGCCGACGGGACGGUUAUGCCCAUGAAACAGAGUCUGGCGAAGAAAUUGAGCCUUUUAAAGGUCCAGAUGAAAUGUUUUCCGCUUUGCAUGACUUUGGUGGCGUUCGAAUUUCACUCUAUUUUCCAGGUGACAUUGAGAAGGUCGCAGGUAUCAUUGAAGAACAAUUUCAUGUUGACCGGGAAAUACCAAAGGGUCAUGGAUCUCAAAGGUGUGUUGGGAGCCUGGAAGAACGCCUUGAGUCGCUCAAUAACCCUGGGAGGAGCACGCAGGAUACCGUUGAUGACAGGGCACUUCAACGAUCAGUGCGGACUUUUACGGGUUACAAAGCAACCCAUUUUGUAGUAAAACUACGAUACGAACAUAUCAACGAGGAUCGAAAAGUUGCCUGGGAAGAUAUUGUUGUUGAGAUACAGGUGGGCACGCUGAUUAUGCACGCAUGGUCUGAGAUCGAGCACGAUAUGAUCUAUAAGCCACUUGACUCUCAGGAUGGGGAAGUAUCAGAAGACGAAAAACGUAUCUUGGAUCUGAUCAAUGGCAUUGUUUUGACAGGCGAGGUCGCAUUACGGCAACUCGAAGCCAGCACCGCUCAGCGUAUCAAUAAACGCGCUGAAGUUGAAAAUGCCAUGGCGAGUAGCCAAUACGAGCUCGCGACUUGGAUUGAGAAACACUUCAACCAGCACAAGAUGAUUUUAAUAGGCCCAGAAUGGAGGUAUCUAGAACAGCUAUUUGCUAUCCUGAAGGUGACGGGGACUCACAAGCACUCUGAGGUGAUAAAGCUGGUCGAUGAUGCCGCCCAGCAGACUUUGAACCGCUAUUAUCCGACUCACAAGCACUCUGAGGUGAUAAAGCUGGUCGAUGAUGCCGCCCAGCAGACUUUGAACUGCUAUUAUCCGACUCACAAGCACUCUGAGGUGAUAAAGCUGGUCGAUGAUGCCGCCCAGAAGACUUUGAACCGCUAUUAUCCAACAGAACAGAUUCUUUCUGUGUUAAUCAGAAGCCCUGCCAGCUCGGAGUGGCCACCUCUACUGAGUAAUCCAGUUUCCGAAUCCGACUUUGCCCGCAAUGCCCGGCUCUUAGCGCUACGUCUGGUACAUGGCAUGAAUCUCGCAAUAUAUUUCGGGGUUAUCGAUGAAAUUCUUGACGUCUACUCUAAUAGUAAAUUCGGCCUAUAUACGCUAGACAUGCACUACCGUCCAUCUAUUACAUCUUUUCUCGAUAUUCUACAUCCAGAACGGCCUCAGUACUCCGACAAGGAAACUGUAAUGAGGAUCUUCAAUUUCUGCAAAGAAAUUAUAGGAAAUCGAAGAUGGGCAUUGGAAAAAAUGGUCAAAGUAGCCAUGGAUUUGCCAAUGACACACCUAGUGGCAGGKUUCGCGGAAGGCGUUUCUCGUACAAUCCCAAUUCCAGCCAUCAUUACCCGCCUACUGCCCCUUGAGCAGAUAAAUGAACCCCAGGAAGACUCAGAAGACCCACUUGGCGAGAUGAAUGAAACUUUUGGUAUAAUCGGCUUAAUCGAUCGGUUCGCAUCCUCACAUGGCCGUCGGGAUGAUCCAAUAGUCAGAGAACAGCCGGUGGACUCAACAGACAACCAAUCUAUCCAAACCCGCUUUUUCGUCCCUAUAAUGCAUAGCGAUGACAUCUCAUUUGGUCAUUGGAAGCUGAGAGACCAAAUUGUCGACAUAGAGAAGAUGAAUGCUGAGGAUAUCAAUGGAUUUACAAAAUCACCCACGAAGACAAGACCAAGAUUUGAAUACUCGGAUGGUGUGCUUCAGCUUGCAUAUCGCCUCUAUUCAGAAGAGGAGUGGGUUCGUAUCCGCGAGGCUUGGAAGCUAAUUAAGCCUCUAAAACGCAAACGUACGACCUCGGUCAGCUCAUCGUCGUCUGAAAGAACAUUUCCAAUCCGUACAACCUCGGCUAGAGAACUCGCAAAUAAGAAAAGGCGUGUAGCGGAGGAAAAGAUGAAGAAAAAAGGAAAAGAAAUCAGUAUGUAA